AUGACUAUCAGCACCAUCAUUGAGCGAAACAAUCAGACCAUCGCAUUCUUCAACGAGAGCGACUAUCUGAAUGCAAUCGAAUCAUCAUUGACAUCUCUGCGAGAAACAUCUGAAAUUACUGACCCUGAAUCAUCUGAGGAGGAAUCUGAAAACGAAUCAUCUGGCAGCAGCAGCGAUCGCUUGGACCAAUGUAUGCUUCUCCCAGCAGCUGCCAGCGACAUUCGACGAUUACUACUCCAUUCUGACUUUAUCUAUGAUCAAGCCAUUCCGAUAUCCCAAUCGCUCAAGGUCGAUAAACCCAUCUUAAGUGCCAUUGUCAUUUUCAACGCAGCGCUGGCACAUCACCUCGCAGCCGAAUCACGCGACAUCCCAACGCCUCCCAAAGCACUUUUCAAAGCGCAGCGCUUGUACCGAUUGGCAUACCAGGCGUAUACUCCUGGGCCUGGUACUCAAAGCAUUCUAUUUCAAUUUGCUGUGAUCAACAAUUUAGGAGUCGUGGAACGAAGGCUUGGAAAUACGGCAUUAUCCAAUCAGUACUUUGAUUAUUUGGCUUCUUUGUUGGAACACCUGUGA